AUAGUAAAGAUAAAGAAAAACCCUGGAAUGAAUAGGUGUGCCCAAACUUUUGACUGGUACUGUAUAUAUUACACAUAUAUAUGGAUUUUCCUGCACUUACAUUGUGAUUUCUUUUCAUGUAAAUACGGAAAACGAACUAAAAUGUUGUGUAAUAAAGACUACAAAAGUGAGACAAGAAGAACCAUGACCUAGGAGAAACUGAAAUGAACUUUCAGUGUUUGUUCAAAAAGGUACAAUCUUGUUUUGAGAGACAUUUUGCAUGUCAAACUUUAGUAGAUUUCUGAACUUUGUGAACUUGUAUUAGGCCUACACACAUUGAUGUACAAUUGCAACAACAUGGGAAAAAGAAAUCAAAAUGGCAUUAUUGUAAUUAUCAUGUUGGGAUUUAAUUUUAUUAAAAAAGAGGAAAUAAAUAUGCGCUCUCUGCUGAGCUGUACUGUUAAUAUAUUUUGUAGUGGGAGGAAAAUACCUUGAAUAUUUAGCUUUCCUUUGUAAAUACUUUUACAGGUUUUCUUCUUGACACUUACAGUAUACUUUGCAGAUCAUACGUUUGGAAAAGUCAGCAAUAACUCGGGCAGCUAAUGAAUGUGACUGAAGCUGUAGAUCCUUCAUCAGCCAUGCUUCUCACACAAGGGAGACGUGUUCAGUCUCUGUUCCAAUGUCCACACUAACACAGUUAUUCAAAUGAAGAAAUGUAUUGGACAUUCAUUCUAAGUAGUAUGUUAGUGUGCAUUUUGGAAUGUAGUCUCCCCUGCCUGUCUCGCACAACCAACACACAUGGUUCUUUUGACACUGAGGUGCACUUUAGUUUCCCAUAUUACACUCGCUAGCACAUAACCAGUUGGGUCUACUCCCCAAAUGCUGCUCUCGCUGGGACAGAAAGGACACAAUUCCACCCCAGUGUUUUUGACUGCAUCGUUACCUCAGCGGACUACAGAAGCGAUUGAGUUCACUGCAAAUACAUCCUGUUGUGUGUAUUGGCAAGGCUGGCUCACUCGUCCCCGCUGGGUUCUGUGUUCUUCAUGGCAUACUCUUGAGAGCUUCCACUCGCUUAGUCUCUUCCAGUGCCUUGAGUCUGCGAGACUACCACUCACUGUGUUCUGGCUGUGUGUGUUUGUUUGCGUGGGCAUUUCUUUCCAUUUUGGCUGAGUCAGUGUGUUCUUCAGGCCAUGUACUGAUUGUGUCCCAUGCAUGCAGCAUCAAUCGGGCCAUUGUGUAUUGGGGAGGCUAGAGAAUUGGGUUCUACAACCAAAAGUGAAGUCACAUAAACAGUGACUGCUGGUAUAGUCGGCAUAGUGUACUCAACACCCCCUGAGUCAUCUUUAAUACUUUAAAAGCCCAUCAGUAUCUGUGUUCCACUCGUAGUGCCGCCUUCUGCCAUCGAAGGAGCUGAAGAAUCUCCAAUGAGCUCUGACUGUGGGUGAUGUCUGUAGUCUUCCAUUCUGAACACAGUGUGUCCCUGUUGUGUUGAAUUACCUUGCCAUCAUAAACAAGUAAUGAAGUAGCUACACCGUAUGUGUAUUGAGGGACCAGAGGGGUUUGUAUUGUCUCUGAUAUAACUAGAUUACUGAGUCAUCAAAAUUAUUUUCAUAAUUGACUGUUUAAAAGCAUAGUUUAUACAAUGAUUGCAGUGAUUCUGAAUAGUAUUGGGUUGGCUAUGGUAGGUUAAGUUUAGGCUUGAGUAAGACUGAAUAUCCAGACCUUCCUUUAGAACUGAGCUGCUUUGCUGACUGAUCUCUCUGAUUCAUGGGAAUUGGAGGCUUUUAAGUGUUAAUUUCUAGCCUGGAAUCCAAACUGAUAUGCUGUUUCAUCACUAAACACAUUGUUCAGUCUGAUUUCACCAGGCUAGUUCAUUUCUCCAUAUGUCUUACUGAUCAAUCCACUGAUGACUGGAUCGGCAGACAGACUGAUAGAUGUAGAAGUGUCCUUACGCUCGCUGUACCUCUGUGUAUUUCACACCCUCACUUUCUCACUCAACUUCCAGUCAGUAUCUGAUGUGAUUUAACAGAUAGAUGUUUUAUGUUCCUUAUUUUCUACGGCUCAAUGGUGGUGUAUUUUUUCAUUACCAUAUGACAUGGCUCAUCUGUGCUCAUCCUCGUGGUAACCAAGGGAGACACAGACUGGAAUUCAGUAUACCCUAAGUACCUGUUGUAAGUAUGUUUAGUGGAACAGUGCUUUCCGGAUUGAUACAGCACCGUGUAGGAGAACUGUCAGUACACGUUGGACUGCUAGGCAGGCACACAUUUGGAAAUGAUCUUGAAGAUGAAUGAGACGUUUUAUUUUACAUGGUGACAAUGAAACGUCACAACAGGUUACAUCUGUGGUAGAGACAUUCAUUUAGUCUCUUUCAGCCUUCAUUUAGCUGUUCACUGAGCCUAUAUUGAACCCAUUCAUCAACGUAUACAAGCCCACCAGACAGACAGCCCUGCCCUGUUGUCUAAACCAAGACUGAUGAAGAACCUCCACUCACUGAAAUAACAUUUACUUUAAAGAUGUUUUGUUUUCCCCAUUCACCUAUGAUGUCCUUUACCAUGGUUUCUGUGUGUAAACUCAGAGACAGCCAGGUUGUUACUCUUCCUGAAAGUCAACUAAAUAGAUUUAACAUGGUCAGUUUGCCACUUUAGUUUGGGCUGGUUCCGACCACUAGGUCUCACAAGCCUAGUGAAUUCAAUAGAACAACCUUCAACUGUCAUUUUGUUCCACUUCAUACCUAAUCUAUCCCUAAAUCUACCAGUGCCCUUAGGCAGAAUCCCAGCCUUUGCUGCUUCCAGGUAUAAUAUUCACCCAAAUAUGAUUGUUUUAGCAGGCUUUAUUUUCAGACCCAACAGGCAGACAACAGGCAUGGAUUCAUUCCUACUAGUGUGACAAGAAGCCUGCUUAAUUUUCUGAAAGACAGACCCAUAGCUCUGUUUAAGUUGAAAUGUUAGUACUGAGGGGAGAGCUGGAUUUGACUAAAUAUGGAACAAUAUAUUUGCUUUUAUUAUGUAUUUUGAUGAGAUUUUUCUGGUAGUUUGUUAUAGGUCUCCCUAUGUCACAUACAUCUACAGUGCUGAAAUGACUGAUUAGAUCAGUCAUAGACUCGCCUCACUGGCACAAUGAAAUGACCAAUAUGCAACAUACAGAGACUAAUAAAGCACACACUACUACACGUUAAUUAGAAUUUUCAUUUUCGGUAAAGUAGUUGCUGAAAUUGACAAAUAGAUUCUUGGCAUUGUAUUUUUUGUUUCAAGCUUGAUAAUAUCCUAAAGUCAUCAAGUCUGUUCUUGUUUUUGUUUGGUUGUUUUUUGGACAGUUGCAAUAUUUGCAAGUUGUGGUCUGUGUAGUGGAAUAAUAUGUUGUGUAGUGGGGAGGACAAGCAUCUUAAAAAGUCAUGUGUAAUUUAUUGGAUUACUUUCUAUGAAGUUAUAUAGAGGAAAUUGAAGUUUAAUUAUUUUUAUUAAACAUAUUCUGACUAUCCCUGAAGCCUGUCCUUCUGUAUUCUUUCACAUUGACCCAGUUACAGGCACUUCAAGGUAUCCAGAAUUACAAUGUUGUUUAUUGUUCACUGGUGAUAUAAAUAUAGGAUGAUAAUGUCUUAGUUAAUAGUGUGGCUAAAAAGUCAUUUUCAAAACUGAUAUAGUAUAUAUUGUUGUAAAGCAUUACUGAUUAAUAUACUGCUAUUCUUCUGCUUCCUUUAUGCCCUAUUAUGUUCCUACUCCACCCCAGGGGGCGCUUGUUGCUCUGUGAGUCUCAGCCCUCAGGCCUCUAAUCAUAGCAACCCAUUGCAGAUGACAAGUUGGGGCUUGUCUGUUGUGAGCUGUGAGCCAAUGGGCUGAGCCAGAGCUUCAGCUUCCUCUCUGUCUCAGUGCACUGCAGCCUGCUGCUGCCUGCCUGUAGACUUAUAGUAGUGCUCGCUGCUCUGUGCUGCUCUGAUGCUCACCCACACACCCACAGCUGUUCAGCCUGGCUAGUCCCACAGAGAGAGAAGCAGAGAGGCAGUGUGUCUCCAAGCCUCUACAAAACAGAAUCAGAUCCUUCUCACGAGCCUCUCUGUCCACUGCUACUCCACUGACUGACACGGAGCUGUACUCUACCAGCGGAGGUGCUGUGAGCGGCUGGAGGUCGUCAUGGCAACCCAGAGACAUGUACCCAGUGACAGUCUGGCUAGAACAUUCAGGUCCUGUGCCAGAAACCCUAGUGAGGUCAUCUCCACUAGACUGAGAGACAUGCGCCACACCUUCAUCCAGCACUACCAGGAACCAUGGGAAGAGAACCACAGCCUAGACAGAGAGAGAGGAGUGAAGUUCUCCAGCCAGACAGAGGCUUUGUACUACAGGGUUCUAGAGGCUGUCAUCAAUCAGGAGAGGAAGAGGCUGGGAUACAAAGACCUUUCAGACAUUCUGGAGCAUGAUCUGUUCCAGCGCUCUCUAGUGGCCUGUUGUCUGGAGAUGGUAAUCUUCUCCCAUCAGCCACCAGGCAGCUUCCCCCUGGUCAUUGACAUCUUUAGCCUGGCGCCAUACGACUUCUACAAGGUGAUAGAGCUGGUGCUGCGGGCUGAGGAGGGCUUGUUGCCGGGUGUGGUCAGGCAUCUGACCCAUAUAGAGGAGCAGGUCCUGGAGAGUCUGGCCUGGAGGAGAGACUCACCACUCUGGGACCAGAUCAGAGCUGCUAAGGGUCAGGGACAGCUGCCUGCAUACCAUCAGGUGAUGCUCCCCCAAUACUCAGAGGACACAGACAAGAUGACCAAGAUCCCUCCCACCCCUUCACACUUGACCCCAAGCCUUGUGAAUGGGAUCCAUGGAAAUGACCUGAACUCCCCGAUUACCCACCAUGAACACUACAGCUCACCCUCUGCUGGCUCAAAGACGGCUGCUUGCCCUGCCACCCCAGUCAGCCCAUCCCAGUCCUCCUCUGUCAUUGUUACUGGACAGACUGUAGUCACCAUGGCAUCAGCCACUGUCACCACCAACAAUGACCAGUCAGUCACCAUACCGGUUCGAGGCAUUGCCAACGACUGGGGAGCCAUCACAUUUACCCUCAGUGUUGUAGGUCAGCCCAUUCCUCCACAGCAAGUCUCCAGCACCUCUACCCAGCAGCCCCAGAACCCUCUACCCUCUACCCAGAGUAAGGGCUCCAUCUCACUGUUCCUCCGCAAGGUCUACCACCUGGUGAGCAUGCGUCUGAGGGACAUCUGUGUUAAACUGGACAUCUGUGAGGCGCUGCGGCUGAAGAUCUGGACCUGCGUUGAACACUCCUUGGUCCACUGCACUGACCUCAUUCUAGACCGACACCUGGACCAAAUACUCAUGUGUGCCAUCUAUGUCAUGGCCAAGGUAACCAAAGUGGACAUGCCCUUCAAGCUCAUCAUGCAGUGCUACAAGACUCAGCCUCAAGCAAGCAACUGUGUAUUCAGAAGUGUUCUGAUCUCAGGGAGAAACACCAAGACCUCACAAAACUCUCCUGGAGGAUCCAACAGAGAAAACAUUGAUGUAGACCCCAGCAGUAGCUUGCUUACCUACCAGAGCCCUCCCACCCAUCCUACAGGACGCAGAGCUCCCUGUAGACAGGACCAGGAGGAGAGAGGACACCUCAUCUAUUUCUACAACACCGUCUAUGUCAAACAGAUGAAGGACUUUGCCUUGCGCUACACCUCCAGCUCUCUGACCAUAGCCGGGGUUGAAACCCCUCCCCUUUCGCCAUACCCCUGCCAGCGUAUUGGAUCCUUGCGCAGACUCCGCCCCUCCAACCACCAUUCCCUCUACAUCUCCCCCCACAAGCCCAGCACACACCCCUCCCCCCGCACUGGGGUCCUCUACAUCUUCAGCAGAAGCCCCUCAAAGAGUCUGAGAGAGAUCAGCGACAUGAUGAAGACAUUUCAGUCACGCACCAGGAAGUGCUGUGCAGCCCAGCUGCAGGAGGACGGUGAGGAGGAGGGUGGGCCGCUUGCGAAGAGACCCUGUCAGGAUAGACCGUCAAACUUGCAGAGAAAGCUCAGGGACUUCGACCAGGCACUGAUGAGGGCCCAGAACAAACAACAAGCCCAGACCGGGGCCAAGGCACAGCACCAAGCAACAGCACACAAUGGGACGCAUUGAUGACAUCUCACUUUUUUUGACUUAGCGUCUUGCUUCAUACUUCUUGCAGGUCUACACUCAUUGGAAGAAUAUGGACAACAGGCACUGAUGAUGGGAGAAUGGAUGCUGUGGAACUACAAUGUUAGAAAGAAUUGGCAUCAUUAGCACUCAGCGAAGUUCUCUUAGCAAGCAAUGUUCAUGAUUAGAAAAGCUGUUAUAAUAAUAAUGAGGGUAAUGUAAUAAUCUGAGUGUAACUAGGGCUCUGUAUCAAAUAUAUCAUAUACAGCAUAUAUUCAUCCAAAGGAAGCAGUAAAGGAUUUGUGUAGGUACUGAGCACUGUGUACAGUUUGUGUUUGGUGAGAGGGAGGAGACAAGAAAUGUCUCUCUGGAACAUACAGUAUGUUAUUAGUUUCAAUUUUCAAGUUUAAUUUGUCACCUCACAAGUACAGUGAAAUGCUUAAAGUGCAAGCCCUACCCAACAGUGCAGUAUUCAAAAUAAAAAAAGCAUAACUAAUUUAAAACAAAUUAAACACAGAUAUGACAUAUAGGUGAGCCUUUUAAAAUGAUUAUACAUGUAUCUAUUAGGACCAGAUGUUAGAUAAUCAUUUUUAAUUAUUAUACAGCGUAAUGUAUCUGUUAGGACCAGAUGUUAGAUAAUCAUUUUUAAUUAUUAUACAGCGUAAUGUAUCUGUUAGGACCAGAUGUUAGACAAUCAUUUUUAAUUAUUAUACAGCGUAAUGUAUCUGUUCGGACCAGAUGUUAGACAAUCAUUUUUAAUUAUUAUACAGCGUAAUGUAUCUGUUAGGACCAGAUGUUAGAUAAUCAUUUUUAAUUAUUAUACAGCGUAAUGUAUCUGUUCGGACCAGAUGUUAGACAAUCAUUUUUAAUUAUUAUACAGCGUAAUGUAUCUGUUAGGACCAGAUGUUAGACAAUCAUUUUUAAUUAUUAUACAGCGUAAUGUAUCUGUUAGGACCAGAUGUUAGACAAUCAUUUUUAAUUAUUAUACAGCGUAAUGUAUCUGUUCGGACCAGAUGUUAGACAAUCAUUUUUAAUUAUUAUACAGCGUAAUGUAUCUGUUAGGACCAGAUGUUAGAUAAUAUUCUGUUUAAUUGGCACGUUUUUUGAAUUUGUACUGAUCUGUGGUACAAAUAAUUUACUUCUUUGUAUUGUGAUGUUGGAUAAACACAACUCUGUUUUUA